GGAGGAUGAGGAGGAGGAGGAUGCAGGAGGAGGAGGCCCCUCAGUCCGCCGCCGCCGCCGCGGGGUCCCAUCCCCACCCCCGUGCCGUCCUCCCCCCGGUGUCGGUGCCGAGGCGGCGAACGGCAUCGCCGACCUCGGAGGCGCCGCGCUGGACUUGGCCGGGGGCGCGUACCUCAUCUCCGCGCCCCUAGUCGUGCCAGGGCACGUGGGCAACCUGCACCUGCGCCAGGGCACGCUGCGGGCGUCUCCCAGGUUCCCCAGCGACCGCUGGCUGCUGACCAUAGGCGACCCGGGCUGCGUGAGCGCCGCGCGGGGAAGCGACGAGAGCUCCGAGGCCGCGUACUGCAACCAAUUCGUGAGCGUCGUGGACAUGCUCUUCGACGCGGCCCACGUGGCCGCGGGCGGGGUGCACGUCGCCAACACCAUGGGCAGGUCGGGCAUGCUGGAUGCUCCAACCAUCCAGACGUUCCUGCUCGUAGGACGCGUCAGAGAGCCAGUGCCCGAGAGCGCACUUGGCAGAGUCGAAAGCCAGAUGCGCCGUUAA